ACCUAAUUUCCCACGAGGAUGCACGAGGGAUCAAUACAUGACGCAACGCGUUCACGAAACGUCGUGUAGAUGUCGUAGAGGGAUCUCGACUGCAUCGUACGGCGCGGCGUGUGCAUUGUGCAACAGUGCAACUGGGGUACCGGGAACAUGAGGGUUGAACGAGGUGGAGUGUGUACACGCACGAACGACUGAAAAGGAGGUGUGUCGUCACGAGUUGUGAGCAACGUCUUCGUGGUGACAUCCCGGCGACGUCUCGGCGUCUUGCACCAUUACACGCAGUUUUUCAUACGAAAUUAACGAUGUUGGCGCGAGCAUUCGAGAUAUACGGCCAGUUCUGCAGCGGCCAUCCCUUGGAGGUCAUCGUGACGAUCUCCACUUUGACAGUGUGCUUGCUUAACUUGGACACGGGGAAUGGACAGAUGCGCGAAGAAAACUUAUCCGAUGCAUAUUGUCACCAUGAUAGAUGCGAUACUAUGGACCUAAAAGCGACUAACGUAAUAGUGAUGACGAUAAUACGCUGCUUGGCGGUAUUAUUUACCUAUCAUCAGUUCCGCAAUUUACAAAGAAUAGGUUCUAAGUAUAUUUUAGGUAUCGUCGGCCUAUUCACCGUAUUCUCUAGCGUAGUGUUCACAUCCAGCGUGGUGAGCUUUAGCCGCAGCGACAUCGCGGACUUGAAGGGACGUCUUAUUUUCUAUCUGCUUCGUAUAAACCUCUCAAAGGCCGCGACGUUGGCGAAGUACGCGCUCAGCGCGCGGAAUCAGGAAGAAGUCAAGGCAAACAUCGCGCGCGGCAUGUCUCUGCUGGGACCAACGAUUACCGUGGACACCCUCGUAGAGGCUCUUCUGAUCGGCAUAGGAUCCUUGUCGGGUAUCAGAAGGCUCGAGAUCCUCUGCACCUUUGCGUGCCUCGGAGUCAUCGUCAACUACAUCGUCUUCAUGACGUUCUAUCCGGCCUGCUUAUCGCUUACAAUCGAGAUUUCACGUGGGAAUAAUAACAUGAGGCAAUUGAGCGCGGACAGGAUAUUCAUAAUGCAGCCGUUAAACGAGGAAGAUCAAAAACCGAAUCCCGUGGUGGAGCGAGUCAAAAUGAUCAUGAUUUUUGGUUUACUCGUAGUACAUGUUCACAGGUAUGCAUCGCCAUUGUCUUUUCUUGGAGCCAGUGCAUUGACGAAUGAAGAAGUGAUACAAUUAGUGAAACACAAGGAUAUAGCUGCGUAUCAGUUGGAAAAAGCGGUAGGCGAUAUGGAGCGUGGUGUCGACAUCAGGCGUCUCGUCGUAGGUAAUGCCGGGAAAUUCACCGAGGAGAUGAUCGAUUUACCGUACAGACAUUAUGACUACAGCAAGGUAUUUGGUGCUUGUUGCGAGAACGUGAUCGGCUACGUGCCAGUGCCAGUUGGUAUCGUUGGACCAUUACUAAUUGAUGGUCAGUUAUAUCACGUUCCAAUGGCGACGACGGAAGGUUGCUUGGUAGCGUCUACUAAUCGCGGUAGUCGUGCGUUGAUGAAGUGCGGCGUGACCACCCGAGUAACGGCGGACGGGAUGACCCGAGCACCAGUGGUGCAAUUCCCGGACAUCGUGCGCGCGUGUGAGGCAAUGUCAUGGAUAGAACAAUCACAGAAUUUCCAGGAAUUGAAGAAUAGCUUCGACCAGACCAGCCGCUUCGCUCGUCUAAUAAGAAUCCAGCCGCGCAUAGCCGGUCGAGAUUUGCAUAUGCGUUUUGUUGCCACAACUGGUGAUGCCAUGGGCAUGAAUAUGCUGUCAAAGGGGACGGAAAGAGCUUUACUGACUAUGCAGACUUAUUUUCCAGAUAUGGAAAUAAUUUCUCUGAGUGGGAAUCUUUGUACCGAUAAGAAACCCGCGGCUGUCAAUUGGAUCGAAGGUAGAGGUAAAAGCGUGGUAUGUGAGGCAAUCGUACCAGCAGAAGACGUGACGUUUGUACUGAAAACUACGGUGAAUAAACUUAUCAAGCUUAAUAACAAAAAGAACUUUACCGGCUCAGCCUUGGCCGGUAGCAUAGGCGGUUUUAACGCGCAUGCCGCCAAUAUCGUGACCGCGAUUUUCAUCGCUACUGGACAGGAUCCCGCGCAAAACGUUAGCAGCAGUAACUGUUUAACGCUGAUGGAAGCAUGGGGCGAGGAUGGUAAGGAUCUACGCGUAACCUGCACAAUGCCCAGCAUAGAAGUCGGUACAGUGGGUGGUGGUACCGGUUUACCGGCACAAGGAGCGUGUCUGGCGAUGCUGGGAGUCAAGGGUGCACAUCCCACGGAACCUGGUGAAAACGCUAAAAGACUCGCUCGAAUCGUUUGCGCUACUGUGCUUGCCGCAGAAUUAUCUUUAAUGGCCGCGUUAGCUUCCGGAGAUUUAGUCAAAAGCCAUUUAAGGCAUAAUAGGUCGUCCGUUCAAAUUAGUAAUUCAAUGCAUCCUACUCACAGCAGUAGUAGCAGUAAUGACGGUAACAGACUAACCGUGCCAAGCACUUCGCCAGUCUCGUAAAAAUUUUUGUGCAUAUUCCGCACAAAAAUUUUAGUACGUUAUACGUAGCAAACGUAUAUACUUUCGUAAUUUCCGUAUGAAAUGGCCUGUUAUCUGCAUAUCGUUUCAUCUACCUGCCUCAUUAGUGUUCCAAAGAAACGAUUAGUCAAGUAUGCAUGUUUCUGCUGUAUGCGAUAAACUGUAGACCG